AAUUAAAUGUCAAAUGUCAUUUCCGUCGCGAUUUUACGGACGAGCGAAGAAAACAAUUGUUCUUUUUAUUUUGUUGAAAAUUGGAAUUGAUCGUUAAAACAUACAUAAAAAUAACUAAUUGUUAUCAAAUAAGCAAUUAAGCGAUCUCAUACAACUUCAACUAAAUAAAAUGUCGUCGUACAAACCUAUAGAUUCCAAGAGAGAAGAAUUCAGACGCUAUUUAGAAAGAGCUGGGGUCAUGGAUGCUCUUACAAAAGUUCUUGUAAGUUUAUAUGAAGAACCAGAUAAACCAGAAGAUGCAUUAGAGUAUGUCCGCAAACACUUGGGCACAGACGGUGGUGACGAUGAGCUGGAAGCAGCUAGGGCCCGCAUUGCAGAACUGGAAGCUGAAAAUGCUUUGCUAAAAGGGGAAGCAGCCCCAACGGAAGGAUAAUAGUAGAAUAUUGUUUAUUGUUACAAGAUACAGUUCAAUUAUAAUGAUCUCAAUAUUAGCUGUAUAUUGAUCUCAAAAGUAUUCCAUGUUGAAUCUGAAGAUAAUUUAACAAAGUGUUAUUAUCUGAAAGUAUUAUUUUUUGUUAUGGAUAAGUGUUUUUUAAGUUGUGCAAGGAGCACUAUUAAAUUUUAUGUUUGAAUGAUUA